AUGCCGCCAGCACUGGCUCUCGGGAGGGCGCUGAGCCGGGGGCGGGGUCUCCAAACACGGCCCAAACCGGCAUCGACUUGCCUCUUUUGUUCUCUCGCCCGCCCGUUCCCUCGCUCAGCAGCAAGAACGACAGCAAGAACAACGGGCCCCCUCCGAUUACAGGAACGCACAUCCCUCGCCCCUUGGAUACCUCGGCUCUCCGGGCGCUGCUACCAAUCGACCGAGUCACUCUCUUCGGAUCCCCGCGCCGAUCUGCGCCGCGCCCUCCUCGACCUCCAAACGCACGCCCCAAACCACGUCAACCUCCCCCGCCUCCAGCUCGCCCUGCGCAACCUGUCGGAGCCGCCGGGUCGCGAGUCCGUCCGCGUCGCCGUUCUCAGCGUGUCUUCCGACGGUGCCGGUGGCAGCAGCGGGACAAACACGACGACAAGCACCGCGAAGCGUCUCCUCCGCCUCGCGCUCGCCGACCCCCUCCGACCGGCCGCAGCGUGGGAGGCGCGGCUAGAGCGACGCGAUGCCGCUGGUGACGGUGCCGGGUCGUCCCCGCUUAUUGUGCGGGUUGUCGGAGCCGAUAAGGCGGGGAGGGAUGCUACGGCCGGAGCAGCAGGUGAGGGGGAGGAGGGGAGGGAAGAGGAAGAAGGGUUGAGAACGGUGGUCAAAGAACAUGUGAUUCCCGAGUUGCGGGUCUCGACGCCCUUGUUGCGCGACGCCGAGUUGGAGAUGCUCGUUGCUGAUGCGGGGGACGCCCUUGCUGCUGCUGCUGCUGCUUCCUCCGGAGCCGCGGUGGAUGAUCCCGUGCUGGUGCCGACGGUCGAUGUGGCGGCUACGACGGCGGGGCACGUGGCGCCGAUCGGGACACCAGUGCAUCUGGCGCUGUUGGUGGGGGAUGGCGUGCGCGGGGCGGCGUCCAUCCUCGCGCUGCCGGUUCUGGAGGGGAGGGACGUCGUCAUGGGGGUCGUCAAUUUCAAGGGUCUUGGGAGCGAGGAUGCGGCUGGUUGCCCGCUUGUCGCGGUCAAUGUCGAUGCCGCCAGCGAGGGCCUGGAGCUCUUCCGCUCCGACGUUAGCAACGCGAUGAAGUACGAGGCGCUGUGGACCGAGGCCAACAUCGGCCCCAUCAGCGAGUGGCUACGGAAGAGCGCGCUACCGGACGGCGAGGGUGUCACCAAGGCGCCCGUCCGGAACUUGGUCAGGUCGCUGCUGCGGAGUGCUAGGGCGGCCGUACAGGGGGAAGAGGCUCGCGACCUGGCGGCCGAGCUCCGCACAAAGGUGCAGCCCGAGUCUGUCGCCCACUUGGACCGGGCUCUGGCCGACUGGGCGCAAAGCGCCCACCAAGAAUUACAGCAGCAGCUGGAUACCGCCUUUACCACCGGACCAUGGAGCAAACUGGGAUGGUGGAAGCUCGUCUGGCGAGCCGAUGACGUUGGCAUGGUGACGUCGGAGAUGGUAGCCCAGCGUUUCCUCCCCCGGGCGGAGCAGGGAUUAAUUUUUCUCGCCGGCCGCAUCCAAGAAGCAGGUGUGGUGGAGGGGCAGCAAGGAGCGCCCCUAUACCCGGGACCGGCAUUACCUGGGCCUUCGACUGCCGAGCAUACGGGGCAGGACUCGGUUGCGCCCGGUGUGGUCAGCAAAUGGCCGUCCCACAUCCCAUUCACGAGGCACUAUCUGCAAACGAAGACGGUCCCAGCUCUCCAAGCCCUGGCGCAGAAGCUUGUAGUACAAUCUGCCAGCUUGGCUGGGUUGAGCACCGCGCUCACGGGCCUCUCGUACCUCUCGGGGUUUGGAGCAUAUGAAUGCGGAGCCAUCGCAGCGCUGGGCAUCGUGCUGAGCUGUAGGCGUCUCCAGCAGAAGUGGGACGCGGCAAGGGAGUACUGGGAAGGAGAGGUGCGCGAGGAGGGCCGCAAAGCGAUUCGCGCAACAGAGGCUAGCGUUGCUGAGGUCCUCGAUAAGGCGGGCAGGACGCCCGACCCGGCGGCCAAUCGGGGCGCUCAGCUGAAGGAGCUGCGCAAGGCCGAAGAGAUCAUCACGCGGGCGGAGGAGGCGUUGGCGCGCAUGAAGUAG